AUGGCCGACUACGGCAACCAGCAGCGGCCGGACUAUGCGCGCGGCCAGAACCAUGGCCAGCCCUCGGGCGCAAGGGAAACCGCCUUCACAAACAUCUUCGGCGCCAGCCCGUCCAUGGCCGGUCGCUCCCAGACCAUGACGUCGCAGUCGCACAGGAACAUCCCCGACCGCGCUGCCACAAUGUCCAGCCAGACGGCCGACAUGAUGCAGCGCGCCCCGCCAAUUCAGCAGCGCCCCAUAGAUCCGCCGAAUGCUUACAAUCGCCCUAUGCCAAACGGCUACGGUCAGCACCCGCGAUAUCCUGACGGGCAACAGCAGCAGCAGCAGCAGCAGCAGCGCCAGCCGCAGCCUCAGUACCUGCCGCAGCCCCUUCGCCCUGAACGCCAGCCAUACGGCCAGCCCCAGCGCUUCGACUCCCGCAUCUCUCCUCCUGGCCAGCCCCCUUACAACAAGCCUAUUCCCAAUCGCUUCCCUGGCGGUCCAGGCCCUGCAAUGAAUUCGGACCCUUACCGUUCACAGUCGCUUGCCUUGAACCCGCGGCCACAGUUCAACCCUGGUGGGCCAUCUCAUCCGUCCCCCGCAAACACGUUCCGUCAGCAGCCCUACAUGAACCACAUGGCCAGGACCACAGCACAAGGACGCGUGGUGCCAGAGCGGCCCGAUGAGCGGACAAUGUCCAUGACCUCGUACACAAGGGAUCCCGAGCAUACGCAGACAAUGAGCGGCAGAAUUAUACCAAGUCGAAGGCGAGAAUCUGGUGAAUCUGAAAUGUCAAGUGGACCGCACGGCCACCCCCAACACCCAACCAUGGGACUGCCGCUCAAUCCUCGAAGCGUGAGCCAAGGAAGCAUGCCGAAUCAAUCGCGCUCAAUGUCCAUGGCAUCCACAAUUGUGCCUCCUUCAGAGCGUACCAGCACCAUGACGUCCAUUAGCUCUCGUCCAGACUCGUCCCAAACACUCGGAAUGCCUGCUGCUCAGCGACGGGCACCUUUGGUCUACCCUGCCCUGCUAUCUCGCGUUGCCGAUACCUUCCAAGAUCGAGUGGUUCUUUCUGAAAAGGAAAAGGAUGGCCUUGUGUACAAGAGUGCUUUUACGGGUGCAGAUGCAGUUGAUCUCAUCUCUUUCAUUAUCAAAACUACCGACCGUAAUCUAGCGCUCCUGUUGGGCCGGUCCCUUGACGCGCAAAAGUUCUUCCACGAUGUUACGUACGCGCACCGCUUGCGAGAUUCGACAAACGAGAUAUACCAGUUCCGUGAGACCAUGGUGGAGGACAAGUCUGAAAUCAACGGAGUCUUCACUCUGUUGACCGAGUGCUACUCUCCAACAUGUACACGUGACCGUCUGUGCUACUCAAUUGCAUGCCCACGCCGUCUGGAGCAGCAAGCCCGUCUCAACAUGCGCAUCCAACCCGGUCUGAAGCGCGAGGAGUCCAGAGCAAGUUUGCACGAGGAAAAAGACCAAGAAGAGCAGAAGCUGUGGAUCAACACCGUACCAAAAGAGAUUUCGGAUAGUGUAUCGGAGAAGGAGCAGAAGCGACAAGAGGUUAUUUCCGAGCUCAUGUACACUGAGCGCGAUUUCGUCAAGGAUCUCGAGUACCUUAGAGACUUCUGGAUGAAGCCCUUGCGUAACCCCGCAACAUCACCAAUUCCCGAGCACCGCCGCGAAAAGUUUGUCCGUACCGUCUUUUCCAAUUGUCAAGAGGUCUACAUGGUCAAUUCCCGCAUGGCUGAGCAACUUACUAGACGCCAGCAAAAGGAGGCCGUUGUCCGAAACAUUGGAGACAUCUUCCUGGAAUUUGUACCUCAUUUUGCGCCAUUCAUCAAGUACGGUGCUAACCAGCUCUUCGGUAAGUACGAGUUUGAGCAUGAAAAGCGCACCAACACAGCUUUUGCCAAGUUCGUCGACGAAGUCGAGAGGAUGAAGGAAUCAAGAAAGCUGGAGCUUAACGGUUACCUUACUAAGCCAACCACGAGGCUGGCCAGAUAUCCGCUGCUUUUAGAGAACAUUGCCAAGUACACCGCGGACGAUAACCCGGACAAAGAAGAUAUUCCCAAGGUGAUUAGCAUCAUCAAAGACACGCUGUCAAAGGUCAAUAUCGAGUCCGGCAAGGCAGAAAACCACUUCAACCUCAUGCAGCUCAACAAGGAUCUCAAGUUCAGGCCUGGUGAGUUUGUCGAUUUAAAGUUGACGGACGAGAAUCGACAGUUGGUAUUCAAGGGCACGUUGAAGAAGACGCCGACCGAGGCCACUGGCGAUAUUACAUGCUACCUCUUUGACCAUGCUGUUCUGUUGGUACGUGCGAAGACUGUGAACAAGCGUGAGGAGCAAAAGGUCUACAAGAAGCCAAUACCUCUGGAACUUUUGGUCAUUACGCAAAUGGAGGAAGUCAACCCUAAGCUGGGUAUCGCAAAGAGGCCUUCAGCAAACUUGAUUGCUGGCAAGGCCAUUGCUGCGGCAACCCCAAAGAACAACGACCCGAAGCAGCAAGGCUAUCCCAUUACUUUUAAACAUCUUGGAAAGGGUGGAUAUGAAUUGACUCUCUUUGCGAGCACGCCAAUUUCCCAGCAAAAAUGGAUGGAGCACAUUGAUUCACAGCAGCGAAGUCUGAGGGAACGCAGCAACAUCUUCACCAAGACUAUUGUCCACGAGGGUCCCUUCUCUCUUAACUCUCCUACUACUAUCAGGGUUACCUGCGCUGUUCCUCUGGAUGGUGGUCGCAAACUGGCCCUUGGAACGGACAAUGGUGUAUUUGUUGUGGAGCGCAAGCCAAAGGAUGCCUCGAUUCGUCCUCGUCGUGUACUGGACUGCAAGGGUGUUACCCAGAUCGAAGUUCUCGAGCAACAUGCCAUUGUGCUGGUCUUGGCCGACAAAACUCUAUACUCCUACUCGACCGAUGCCCUGGAGCCCGACGAGUCGCAGGCCAUGGCCAAGCGUCCCCGAAAGAUUUGCCAUGCCAACUUCUUCAAGGCUGGCAUUUGCCUGGGCCAACAACUGGUCGCUGCGGUCAAGACGUCGGCGCUGUCGACUACAAUCAAGGUAUACGAACCCAAGGAGCAGAUGGGCAACAAGAACAAGAAGUCUGGUUUCGCAAAGAUGAUGCUAUCCACAGGUGGCGCCGAUCAACUCAAGCCCUACAAAGAAUUUUACAUUCCUACCGAGUCGACGUCCAUUCAUUUCUUGCGUUCCAAGCUCUGCGUUGGUUGCGCACGUGGCUUUGAAGUCGUCAGUCUGGAAACACUCGAAACACAGUCACUCCUUGACCAGGCCGACACAUCCCUCGACUUUGUUGUGCGGAAGGAGAACAUCAAGCCAAUUCACAUUGAGCGCAUGGCAAGCGAGUUCUUGUUGUGCUACACGGACUACUCAUUCUUUGUCAACCGUAACGGUUGGCGAGCACGACCAGACUGGAAGAUCACCUGGGAGGGUACACCGCAAGCCUUUGCCAUCUUCAACCCAUACAUCCUUGCUUUCGAGCCUAGCUUUAUUGAGAUUCGACAUAUGGAGAGUGGUGGCCUUGUGCAUAUCAUCACUGGGAAGAACAUUAGGUGGCUACAUACAUCAACAAGAGAGAUCCUAUACUCAUACGAGGAUGAAUUCGGCACCGAUGUCAUUGCCAGCCUGGACUUUUGGCAAACCGGAAACGCAAAGCAGUCUCUUGAGGUCCCACGCUCCGAAAAGAUCUAG